AAGAAACCUAAUUCUUUACUAUUAGAGAGUCAAAUAGAGUAUUCCUGAGAAUGCGCUCCAUCAUCUUGGCAGUAUUUACUAUGGCUAUUCAAUAUUCCCAGUCAGCCACCGUUCCAAAUGGUGAUGUGUAUAAUUGUGAACCUGGACAAACAGGAAAGCGUGUUACAUCAUGUGGAAUAUGCUCAAGUGGACGAAUUCGUUCAGCAGAUAGGCUUAAAUGCCUUAGUAAGUUAAUAUGUACAUCGUAUCAAAAAUGAAAAGUGAAUGUUGAUAAAAACAGAAUGCCCAGAUUUCUGUUCAAAAGGAAAUUGUACACUAAAAAGUAAUGUAUUAAAUGAUGCUACCCUAUGUUCACAAUGCAUUGAACAUUAUUUCUUGGACAAUGGCAAAUGUUCAGAAUGCUCUACUGGAUGCAGAAACUGCACAUCUCCAACAUCUUGUCAAAAAUGUUACUCUAAUUAUGCAAAGAAUGAUGCUUCCAAGCUAUGCGUUAUUUGCCCAUCCAACUGUAUUGAAUGCACAUGGAAUUCCGCUACUUCCAGAACUGAUUGCGAUACUUGUGUUGACAGAUAUAUCAGAAAAGACAAUGGAUGCACAUCAUGUCUAUCCUACUGCAAAUCUUGUACUUAUAACAAAAAUAUUGGUGUCAGUUGUAGUUCUUGUGACACAAAUGCAUACAAGGAAACAACCAAUAAUAUCAACACAUGUAAAUUAUGCUCCACUGCAAUUUCUGGUUGUAACAAGUGUUCUGACAAAGAUACUUGUACUGAAUGCAUGUCUAAAGCCUACGCUCUCACAACAUCAAACAAAUGUGAAACAUGUAGUUCCAUUCAUUCAGCAUGCACUGAAUGUGAUGCCAGCAGUGGCACAAACAAAUGUAAGACCUGUAAAAGUGGCUAUUAUCUUAAGGAUGAUUCCUGUUCUGUCUGUCCAAGAAACUGUGACACCUGUGAAGAAACAAAUAGCAUUGUCAAAUGCACGAAAUGUAAAGUUGACUACACAGUAGUUGAUCUGAAGAGUUGUGAUAGAUGUCCAGAUAAUUGUCUUGAAUGUGAAGUUUCUGGUAGUAAACUGGUGUGUAAAUCUGGCAGAUGUGCAUCAAAAUAUGCUCUAAACUCAGACAACUUGUGCUCAAAGUGUCCUGAUAAUUGUAAGGCAUGUUCCUGGAGUUCAUCAAAUUCUAGAACAGAAUGUAGUGGAACAGAUGCAAGUCAUUCAUGUGUUGAAAAUGAAGGUGGAAAAUCAUGGGGAAGAAAAAGUGAUGGAAAAUGUAUAGCUUGUCCUGGAAAUUGUUUAAAAUGUUAUUUCAAAUCUUCUUCUGCGUCUUCACCAAUUUGUUACGCUUCAAAAUGUCAAAAUGGAUUUGCUUUUGAUGAUGAUACUGGAAAUUGCGUUUCUUGUCCUUCUGGAUGUGACUACUGUAAAAAGAGAGGUUCUACUAUAACAUGCUUAAAGUGCAGUGCAAAAUAUGCACCUAAAUAUAAUGCAAAUAGUGGAGCCAUUGAUUCUUGUAUGUCAUGUACAAUUUCCAACUGCGACUAUUGUGAAGUGAUUGGUGACAAAGUGGAAUGUUUAAGAUCUCCUUGUGCCUCUAAAGCAACCAAUUCAAAUAACAAAAAGUUUUCAUUUUCAAAUAAAACUUGUGCUACAAGUUGUCCUACUGAUUCAAUGUGUGCAACCAAAAAAGUCAAUGAUGAAAAUGAAGCCUGUUUUUGUAGAUCUUGUCCUGCAGGAAGUGCUGUAAUUCUGGCAGGAGCAAAUGCCGGAGUGUGUAAAACUUGUGGAACAGAUUGUGAAGACUGUCAACUAUCAGCUGACAAGAUGGAUGUUGAAUGUAAGACAUGUAAAGGUUCAAAGCAAUGGGUAUCAAUAGAAGUAUCUAGUAAUGUUGUAAAAGGAUGUUAUGACUGCACUGUUGCAUCACCACAAUGUAAAGUGCUACAACUUUCUGGAAGUACUUGUAUAUGCAAAGCAGGUGAAUGUAUGGGCGAUAUGAGUAUUAGUGGUAAACACUCUGUUCUACAAGCAGCUUCUGGAGCACAAGGCUGUAAAGCUUGUGCUGAAGAAAUUCCAAAUGUUCUCUGGUGUGGUGGCAGUGCUGGUUCAGCUACAGUUGUUGAGUGUCAACAGGACUUUAUUCAGAAAACUGGAGCUGAUACAUGCAUACCAAUUCCUACUGGUUGCAAGCAAUAUACAGCUGGAUCACCAACUGCAACAAGUGCAUUAUGUUCUGCAUGCACAAAAGGAUAUUAUUUUUCUGCUGGUUCUUGCACACCUUGCCCUGCUGGUUGUUCUGAUUGUGAUGCUGACGGUGCUAACCCAGUAUUUUGCACAGCUUGUACAGAACCAACUAAAAUUGGUAUUGACUGCCAAACACCAGUAGCUACAUGUACUCCUGCUACAGUUGCCAAUUGUGAUACAAAAUGGGCAUCAGUUCCUGACCCAGCACCCGCUGCAGAUUGUAAAUGUAUUAGAUGCUCUGAUACAUUUGCCACUGCAACUGCAAGCACUGUACCAAAUACAAAUAAUAGAAUAGGAGAAUGUGUUGCUGGUGCACCCACUUCUCCUACUCAAAUAACUGAUUGUUUACAACAAUAUAAUAAUCCUGUAGGACCUGCCGUCAAUUGCGUUACAUGUGCUAAUGACAAAGAAAUAGUAACAGGAACUACAUGUGCUUCAAUAACUGGAUGCAAAGAGAACUACUCAUAUGGAGGAGCAGCAGCUGGUUGUCAGGUUGCUGCGGCAGGCAAAAUGUUAGAUGCUGGAUCAACAACAUCAGUUAUUACAGUUGAUACUGCAGCACUAGCCUCUGGAAAUUGCAAAGGGUAUAUUGCAUCAGCGGCCACAGUUGCUCCAGCAACUAGUGGCCGAUGUGCCGGUUGCGCUACUGGAUUUGUUCUAGAUUUUUCUCCAACUAAAUAUGAUUGUGUAGCAUGUACUGCUGCUGGAUUGGAUCAUUGUACAUUUGCUGUAUCUUCAGGAGGUACAUGUAUGUGUGGAAGAUGUACUGCUGAUGCAGCAGGAAAAGUAUACCAUAAACAUCCUACAUUAACAGGAUGUGUACAAAAUAAUGAAAUUACCAAUUGUGCUACUCACACAUUGAAACUUAAAAAUGGAGCUUAUGUAGUAGCAUGUGCUGCCUGUUCAGGUGCAAAUGUUUUGGCUGCAGAUGGACAGUAG